AACACAGAAAAUAACACACAAAAUUCGCAAGAAAAUCGCACAGCAUCGCAAAAAUUUGCGAAUAAAUUUACCCAAACUCGGAAAUAACAGUGCGUAUGGCGGCCAGCUGUUGCCGGUGUGAUUGAAAAACGUCUUUCAAAACUCGUAACGUAAGAAUUCAUUGGUCAAUCGAUUGAACUAUACGGAGGGAAGUGUUACUUGCAUUCCGAAACACAGGCUAGCGGGGGUUUAUUGAUAGCGUGAUAGCUGCUGCAUUCGAAACAAUCGAUACCUUGUGGUAACGGGUGGUUUUAGCUUGUGCGUAGUUUCCAUCGUUUGCUGGACUCUCGAACACGAAAUAAUCGCGGGGCCGACCGACGAGCCUAUAUGCUAUGUUGCAUAGCGUUGCCAGAAUCCCGCUAGCGAACUAUUUGCGUUGCUGCACACCGACCAACCAUCUGCGAAAAGUUCCCCGUGCCGGUGGCUUAAGCAGCAGCCAACUCGGUUUUCAGGCUGCCACCGUUGACUGUUGUACCUUCUCCACUAGUUCACCGUUGCUGUUGUUUCACCCGAUUCCUUCUCCACCGGCAUCGCCCCAGCAUCAACCUUCCCAUCCCCUAGCGGCAACGCAAGUGCGCUCUUGUUCGCAGCAUUCGAAAGGACCGACCAGCGGCGGCAUGGAAGCAAACUCGAGUGGUGCCGGAGCUGAACCAAAGUUUACCAACCGAUUGAAGCAGGAAAAAUCGCCCUAUCUGCUACAGCAUGCACACAAUCCCGUCGAAUGGUAUCCGUGGGGCGAAGAAGCGAUACAGCGAGCACGGGCAGAGAAUAAGCUGAUUUUCUUAUCCGUGGGCUACAGCACCUGUCACUGGUGCCACGUGAUGGAGAAGGAAUCGUUCGAGAACGAGGAGGUGGCCAAAAUUAUGAACGAACACUUUAUCAACAUUAAGGUGGAUCGUGAGGAACGGCCAGACAUCGACAAGCUGUACAUGAUGUUCGUGCUGCUGAUAAAUGGAUCCGGCGGGUGGCCCAUGUCGGUAUGGUUGACACCGGAUCUAGCCCCAGUUACCGGUGGAACCUAUUUCCCACCGAAUGAUCGCUGGGGUAUGCCCGGCUUUACGACGGUUCUGACGAAGCUUGCUAGCAAGUGGUCCACCGACAAGGACGAGCUCGUUUCGACGGGACGGUCCGUGAUUGAGGCGAUUCGGCGCAAUGUAGAUCAUAAACGAGCGGACGAGGUGGAAGAUGCGACAAACGUGGAGACGCUCGAAGCGAAAUUUAAACAGGCCGUUAACAUGUACCAGCGCAAUUACGAUCCGGUCUGGGGUGGAUCGCUUGGUGCACCGAAAUUCCCGGAAGCAUCCAAGCUGAACCUAAUGUUUCAUCUGCACGUGCAAGAACCGAAACAUAAGGUGCUGGGCGUGGUGUUAAACACACUGGACAAAAUGGCAGCCGGUGGUAUACACGAUCACGUAUUUGGAGGCUUCGCACGAUACUCUGUGGAUAAAAAGUGGCACGUGCCACACUUCGAAAAGAUGCUGUACGAUCAAGGCCAGUUGCUGUCGCUGUACGCGAACGGUUACCGAUUGACACGGAAACCAUCCUAUCUGGCAGUGGCGGAUGCGAUCUAUCGCUAUCUCUGCAAGGAUCUGCGCCACCAGGACGGAGGGUUCUACAGUGGCGAGGAUGCAGAUUCACUGCCAACGGCGGAGAGUGAGGAAAAGAUCGAGGGUGCCUUCUACGCGUGGACGUACGACGAGAUCAAGCAGAUACUGCAGACGAAUGUGGAAAAGUUUGGCGAUCUGGGUGGGGUGGAUCCGAUGGCCGUUUACGCCGGACACUACGAUGUGAAGGCGGAGGGCAAUGUGAAACCGGCCAGCGAUCCACACGGCCAUUUGCUGGGCAAGAACAUUUUGAUCGUGUACGGAUCGGUACGAGAAACAGCAGAAAAGUGUAACACGACGGUGGAAAUCGUGGAGCGUAUCCUAAAGACGGCUAAUGAGCUGCUGCACGAGGUGCGUGACAAGCGGCCGAGACCACAUCUCGAUACGAAAAUUCUUUGCGCCUGGAACGGUCUCGUUCUUUCCGGUUUGGCACAGUUGGCUUGCGUGAAGGAUGCACCGGGAAGGAGCGAAUAUUUGGCAACGGCCGGCCAGCUGGUAAAGUUUAUCCGCGCAAAUCUGUACGAUGUGCAGGCGAGAAAGUUGUUACGAUCGUGCUAUGGUGGCACAGAAGAGACGUUGGCAUCGGAACGGCCCAUUUACGGGUUCAUCGACGAUUAUGCCUUCCUGAUCAAGGGCUUGAUCGAUUACUAUGUUGCAUCGCUCGACGAGCAUGCACUGCACUGGGCUAAGGAGCUUCAGGACAUCCAGGAUGAGCUGUUCUGGGAUCCAAAGCAUGGUGCCUAUUUCUACUCCGAAGCUAACUCUCCGAACGUGGCCGUUCGGUUGAAGGAAGAUCACGAUGGUGCGGAACCGUGCGGUAAUAGUGUUGCAGCCCACAAUCUUCUCCUGCUCAGCGAUUACUUCGAGGAGGAACGGCUCAAAGAGAAAGCACGCACACUGUUCGACUACUUCGCGCAUACGGCACAUUUCGGGUACGUACUGCCAGAAAUGAUGUCCGCCGCACUGCUGGAGGAACAGGGCCGCAACACACUGAUUGUGGUUGGUCCGGAAAGUGCCGAAGCGAACGCACUGGUCGAUUCCGUGCGCGAAUUCUACGUGCCCGGUAUGAUCACCGUGCAGCUAAAGAUCGAUCAACCGCCGCACAUUGUACGGCGCCGUAAGUCGCUCGAUAACUUUAAGAUGGUAAAGAACAUGCCGACGGCAUACAUCUGCCACAAUAAGGUGUGCCAUCUGCCGGUGACGGAACCGGAGCGCUUAACCGAAGAAUUCCAACCACGCUACACGUUCGAUUACCAAGAGUACGAGAACUGAUUCUUCGAGGCCUAAGGUUUUCCUGUGCAAGUAGUAUUCCACUCACCGUUGAAAGGGCAGUUUGGAGGCAGAUAGGGUGCGAGCGGAAGAGGGAAUCACUUCGAAUGGAGGACUGGUGGCCGCGGCAAGGGAUAUUGAACAAAAAAAAAAGGCGAAGACACUUUCGGUACACGGAACAAAUAUUGAACGACGACGAUUGAAGGACAAUUAUUUUAUAAGCCAAAACUAUAUGUGAUGAAUAGAACCGCAAGUCGAAUAUCAAACUAACGAACCGCAGGGAAGAGACGAAAAAAGGCACGGAAUUAUAUUAUGCAGCGGGUUUCGUAUCAGCUACCAAUCGUGACACACGACAGCGAAGAAUAGCGUCAAGAUUUCAAACCCCAACAAAGCAAAGCUUCUUCGUUUUAGUUAGUUAUUUCCUGUUACGUUGUUCUCGUUUUUCAUUGGCAUGCCGCCUGGUUACCGUUUGAGCGUUUUCACUAUUGAUACUAAAACGAACCACUGAUUGCGAUGAGGUUUUAAAAUUGUAGAAUUCGCAUAUUAGCGUUGGGCUGGUUUGUUUUCCCUUCCGUCUGGUACAGGCACGAGGGUUGAAAAAAUAUUCCUUACCCAAGAGAUCGCCUUCCUGCGCCUACGGAUUGGAUUGGUUUUCUCUUUUUUUUAUUUGUUGAUAAUUUAUUAUGCCCCCCUAUAUGUGUGUGUGUAGCGUGUAGAAAAGCACCCGUUUGUAUGUUUAGUUCGUAACGAAUUAUGGCUUUUACUGAGCGUUUUUCCAUUUGUAAGCAUUAUUGCAACAAAACGAUGUUUUUUUGACUGUGGAAGAUUAAAACGUUGGGUUUAGCGAAAACAAACACGAAAACAAAAAACGUUUGCAAAUCACAAUUCUAGAGUAGUAAAGCACAAUCUGCUGAAUGCUGAAUGUAGUAGUGACCGAUUUUCCUGUUAUUUUUUAUAGAGCACCCCCUUAUCCUUAUGGACGAUAUUAAAUCGAUAGAUUUUACCAAUUGAAACUAAUUCUAAACGAGGUUUUUUAAAAAAAAGCAGAAAUCCGUUUUUAAAGUACACACUAAUAUUCAAGUAAUUAGAGGGCUUGAUAGAACAAACAAAAAAGGUGCACAAUUUUGUAGUGGUUUUAAAAUUACCGAAAAACAAAACAUAAUCAAAAUACAGAUAGCUUCUAAAAAUAAAAAAUAAAAACAACGCAAGGUAGAAUCUCAAAGAACCAAACACACGAAUACACAGAGUUCCGUAGCGAUCCGUUUUUAAGCCAACUUUUUUAAACCAGUGAUUCAUGUGCUCGCGAAUGCAAACGUAACGUAAUGUGGCAAAAUAGCAUAGAAAUGGAAGUGAAAUGCGAAGCUCUCGAAACGAAUUCAACGAGCAAAACAAAAAAAACUUAUGGUGCAACUAGCUAUCGUUUUAUCAACAAAAUAAAACAAAACCCAGUCAACACCAUGUGCUAAUUGAUAUUAAGCGAUUUUAUCUAGUUUUUAAUCAAUUUCCAAUUCGAUAUGUGAAACAAAUGAAAGGUAUGAAUAAAAGCAAUCAAUACCAACGGGAUGGUUUAUCAGUUUA